CUGGCUUCCACGCAUGCGCACAUACGUCGUCAGGGAGUUUGAGGGGCGAGACCAGGUCGUGCUUCGAUUUGCGUGCUUGCUUUAGUACGCACUCUGACGUGUCCCGGAUGUAAAAGGUUCUGAAGGUUUACUAAAUACAGAAAUUGCUAACGCAAGACAACAUGAAUGGAUCAUCACUGCUGCGGCGAUUUCCUCUUGCCCAUUUUCUCAAGAAUAAUCGGAAGCCUUUGAAGAAUUUCUGUUGGAGGUCCAGCACUCUGCCUGUUUUCCCAUAUGGCCAGCAGGCUGAUUUGCUUCAGUUGUGCUGUUCAAGGAGGAUCCUGCCUUUGAAGGGUCUAAAGACUGGGCCCUGUCAUCCAGCAGCGUUAGAGCAGCAGGCCUGGGAGCUCUCCCACAAAGAGCAAAGACUGCUAGACAGACUGUACAAUGGACUCAUCCAAGGACACAGGGCUUGCUUGGCUGAAGCCAUUACUCUCAUAGAAUCCUCCCAGAGCCGGAAGAAAGAAAUUGCGCAGGUGCUCCUUCAGAAGGUACUAUCCUACCACAGAGAACAAGAGCAGUUAAAUAAAGGAAAACCACUAGCCUUUAGAGUGGGGUUGUCUGGCCCUCCUGGUGCUGGGAAAUCUACCUUUAUUGAAUGCUUUGGGAAAAUGCUCACCGAAAGAGGACACAAGGUGUCUGUGUUGGCAGUGGACCCAUCCUCAAGCACUAGUGGUGGUUCUCUCUUGGGUGAUAAGACGCGAAUGACCGAGUUGGCAAGAGACAUGAAUGCUUACAUCAGGCCGUCCCCAACCAGAGGGACGCUAGGUGGGGUGACGCGGACCACGAACGAGGCUAUUCUGUUGUGUGAAGCAGGAGGCUAUGACAUUGUUCUUGUAGAAACAGUAGGUGUGGGGCAGUCAGAGUUUGCUGUUGCUGAUAUGGUGGAUAUGUUUGUAUUGCUGCUACCACCAGCAGGAGGUGACGAGUUGCAGGGUAUCAAACGAGGGAUAAUUGAGAUGGCAGAUCUCGUUGCAGUAACCAAAGCUGAUGGAGAUCUCGUGGUGCCAGCGCGGAGGAUUCAAGCAGAAUACGUCAGUGCUCUGAAAUUGCUCCGCAAACGUUCAAAGGUUUGGAGGCCAAAGGUCAUGCGGAUCUCUGCCAAAACUGGAGAAGGCAUCACUGACAUAUGGGAUAACAUGAUCGAAUUCCGAGAACUCAUGCUCACAAGCGGUGAGUUGCUCACCAAGCGAAAGAAGCAGCAGAAAGUGUGGAUGUGGAAUGUAAUCCAAGAAAGUAUGCUGUAUCAUUUCCGGAAUCACUCGGCAGUGAGAGAUCAGAUUCCCCUUCUAGAAGGAAAAGUCGUCAGUGGGAUUCUUUCUCCUGGACUGGCUGCAGACCUAUUGCUCAAAGCCUUUAAAGAAAAAUCCUAAAUCUUUUCUGAAUAUGUGCUAUGAUGUUGUAAAGUGUAUGAAUACUAAAAAUAACUUUCCA